GUAGCAGACAGCAGGGAAAAACAAUUGGCACUUAUUAAUUGUAUUUCUUUCAUUUCUUAUAUUAAUUUAAAAUGAUUUUGAACUAUUCAAAAAUAAAUAGCUUAAAGAAGAGGCCAAACCAAUUAUUAAACUGUAGUUUCUAAAGCGACUGAACAGUCAAAAUUGCUUAGGAAUGUAUAUUUUUAUUUUUUAAUGUGUUUUCUUUAAAAAUAUCGUUUAGCUUAUUUACAGAAUGGAUUUUAACCCAUCUGCUCAACCUGACGAAAUGAAAGACAACAAUUUGUCCAUAGAAAAUUCUGAAGAUUCCAAACCUGGAAUACUGUUACACCAAGAAGCACUUGCUUUGGUUGAAAAUGGAGUAACGGAGAUUAUAAAGUCGGAUCCUUUGCUUCAGUAUCUACCUCUUGGAGUAACAUUAGACGAACUGAAUUCGAUGUUAGCACUGGAACAUGGCCGUGCGAUGACAGUCAUCAUUCACCGAGCCGACAAUCAAAAGUACUCGGUUGUUGUUGAACAGAAAGCCACUGUCAUCGAUUUAAAGAAAGCCAUUCAACGACAUGUCACUUUGAAAUUGAAAAGAGAAGGCUGUGAAAGAACCAUCAGUUGGCGUUAUAUCUGGAGGACUUAUUGGCUUUAUUACGAUGGCCAAAAGCUCACAGAGAAUGACAAACCACUCAAAGAUUACGGCAUUAGAAACAAUUCUGAACUGACCUUCGUGAAAAGGUUGCGGAACAAAUAAUUUUUGUUAUCUAUAUACUUAUAAUAAAGCUCAAUGUGUGUGUGUG